AACAUUUCCUGGAUUGGACAUCUGGUUCAAAUCUCUCCCACUUCACCAGAGCCUUUGAGGCACACCCCAACUCCAUCUGCAGGCUCGAAUGAUGUUUUUUUUUUCUACACAGAGGAACUGAACAAUAACAUUAGAAUGAUUUUUCAAACGCUGUUUGAGUGUAUGGACUUCACCGGCUGGCUGUUGUUGAUCUUUGCAGUGUUACUGUUAACUGAUGUGGUAAACUGGACUCCAAGCAAAUUUCCACCUGGACCCUUGGCUUUACCUUUUGUUGGAAAUGUCUUCACUGGGAUUGACUUCAAAACCAUUAACAAGCUUGCUGUGGAGUAUGGUCCAGUGUUCAGCCUGAGAAGAGGCAGUGAGAGGAUCGUGCUUGUGUCAGGAACCAAGAUGGUGAAAGAAGCCCUUGUUAACCAGCUGAACAGCUUUGUUGAUCGACCCAUAAUACCACUUCUCCACGUUGUCUUUAAAGGCCUUGGCAUCGCCCUUAGCAGUGGCUACUUGUGGAAGAAACAGAGGAAGUUUGCUAACACUUAUCUGCGUUACUUCGGGGAGGGACAGAAGUCAUUGGAAAAAUACAUUGAAGUGGAAAGCAUGUUUCUUUGUGAUGCUUUCAAAGAGGAACAAGGAAAACCAUUCAACCCCCAGUACACCAUCAUCAAUGCGGUGAGUAAUAUCAUCUCUUACAUGCUGUUUGGACAUCGCUUUGAAUACAGUGAUGAAAGAUUCCGAAAGGUUCUGCAGUUGGAUAAUGAGGCUCUUUUUCUUGCUGGCACAUUUGGAGCUCAGCUGUAUGAUGUCCUUCCUGGCUUACUGAAACACCUGCCAGGACCUUACCAGACUGUCCACUCCAAUUACAAGAAGAUUACUGAUUUCCUGCAAGCAGAAAUAGAUAAACACAAGGAGGAAUGGAACCCCGAUGACCCGCGUGAUUAUAUUGAUGCUUACCUGACAGAGAUGGAGAAGAUGAAAGAUGAUCCUCAGGCUGGCUUCAAUGAAGAAACUCUGUUGUUUUGUACGCUUGACUUUAUUGAAGCUGGGACAGAAACUACUGCUACAACUUUACGAUGGGCCCUCGUAUACAUAAUGAACUACCCGGAGAUACAGGAGAAAGUCCAGGCAGAGAUAGACAGAGUGAUUGGACAGUCUCGUCCACCCACAAUAACUGACAGGCCCAACAUGCCCUACACCGAUGCUGUCAUCCAUGAGACUCAAAGGAUGGGAAAUAUUGUGCCCCUUGGAUUCCCAAAAAUGGCCAAUAAAGACUCAACACUGGGAGGAUACUUCAUACCAAAGGGAACGGCACUUACUGUAAACCUUUCAUCUGUGCUGUUUGAUAAGAAUGAGUGGGAGACACCAGAGAUAUUUAACCCUGGCCAUUUCUUGGACUCAGAGGGCCAUUUCCGCAGAAGGGAAGCAUUCCUACCAUUUUCAGCAGGUAAGCGUGUGUGUAUUGGGGAACAUCUGGCCAGAAUGGAGCUGUUUCUUUUCUUUACCUCACUACUCCAACACUUCACCUUAUCUCCUGUUCCUGGAGAAAUGCCCAGUAUGAAAGGUGUGCUGGGUUUCACCAAUUCUCCUGAAGUCUUCAAGAUGGUGGCCAAACCUCGGUGAUCCACUUCAGCUCUUCACAUCCCAAACAGAAAUUGUGAUGCCUCUAAUGGUUCACUUUGGAAUUUUUCUACAGCAUCAGUGGUGUAUAUAAAAUAAACAAAUAUAUUCAAUAUUAAGACCAGAAAGUAAAUAAAGGUAACUGAGCAUCUGACUCUCCGCUCUGCCCAUGAUGCUACAUAUUGUCAGGGUCAGAAGUAUGGAAAUCAGUCAUGCCAUGUUGUCACUGUUUAUAGGUCUCCUGGCCCAUAUUCUGAAUUUUUUAG